UUUACUACGGGACCAUGAAUGUUACACUGGUUACUUGUGGCGCCAGUCUCUUUCCACGGUGCUGGACCGGAAACACCUUGUCCUCAUUAGUUUAACUCACCAGAGAGCCCCUCUGUGUAGCUAACAGGAGCAGCUAACAGGAGCAGCUAGCUGCUUUUUCUAAGUCACCACAAUGAGGAGACAGGAAAACCAGCCACCAAGGCCGACAGCAGGCUGCCUCCCUGUGCCGCUGUUUAACCAGAAGAAAAGAAACAGGGUUCCUCUGACAUCUGCUCCUUCAGUGAAUGAAUUCUUCUCCCACAGUGAAUACAUGGCAAACAGCAGCUCAGCUCCAUCUCACACCAUCACACCAGGUACCUAUGGAUGCUACCAGGGCUCAGGUUCGUCAUUUGGUGCCUCACAAAGUGACCAGUGGUUUCAACAGGCUGUCCCACAAUCACCUCAGUCUCAGCAGUUUGACAGCAACAGACCUUCUCCUCGACCUGCUCCUAAAACGAGAGCAUAUGCACCCAUAUCACAUCCAUAUAAAGGUGGAAACACCAGCACUACGACGGGGCAGCCCAGUUACCCAGUCAGACCACAGGAUUCCAGCUACAGCGAUACUUCCAACAAAUAUCAAAGUCCUUCCAGCACUCAGCGUGCACAAAACAAGCCAUCACCCAACCCUGGGUUCUCUCAUAUGAGUCAACAGUCAUCUUACAGACCUACUUCCUCGCCUCAGUAUCCCCAACAGUCUCGACCUCUGCCCCCUCCUGUCCCACCUCCCAGCAAACCUCUAGCUCGUGCAGCGCAGCCACAAAACAACACCUGGAAAUUUACCAACAGCUUUGGGCCACAGGGUUCCCCCUCUGACGGAAAAAGAAGCUCAAAUCAACCUCAGACUGCACGACCAACUCAAACUCGGCAGGAGCCGCCUCCAAUGAAACCAGCCAACGAAAACUCACUGAGGAUCCUGACUGCAGUUAUCGAUGGCAUGAGACACUGGAGCCAGUUUAAAGACAAAGCCCCGUACCUGUUUGAGAUAUUUGCCACUCUUGACUCUGCAGUUACUUUGGGUCGCCAUGGAGCCAAGACCUUCCUCAUGAGAGAUGGAAAAAAGGCUGUGCAGUGUGUCUUCUAUGAAACUGAGCAGGAACUGCCCCGUCUGAUCCGGGGUCAAGUUCACCGCUGCGUGGGGAACUAUGACCGCAGCAGAGACGUCCUCAUGUGUGUGUCCGUCAGGCCCGGCCUACCCUCAGAGCUGCGGAACGCCUACGAGGCUGUGAAAGCAUCUGACGCAGAAAUGAGGGCACUGAUCAAAUCACUCAAUGAGAUCUGAGCACGAGUAGGUAUCUUCAGCUGUAGGAAAGGAAAUAGUGUUUGAUGAUGGUCCAUGACAGACAAGUUUACGUCAAUUUGUUAAUACACACAGUUUGUUAUAACAUAGAAGUUCCUUUGGUUUUAAAAAGCGUGUUUGAGCACUUUUUGACCUGUAAGGGGCGAUGUUGUCUUAAGUUUUGCAUUUGUAUUUAAACAGUUGAAUUCCCUCACGUUACUGGAUACGUGUUUUUGUUUUUGUUAUUUAUUCGUGAAAUGGUAACUUAACCAAACUGUUAAUGGAAAGUAAAGCUUCUCUUGUUGUAA